AUAUACAGUAUCAUACCCAUAACGCGCUCUCUGACCAAUCAGGAGUUCCGGCACACUGACCAAUCAGACGUUCAGCCCCUCCCCAUCCUGUACUCUGACCAAUCAUGUGGACUUCAACAGGAAGCUCAGAGUAAAUCCUACGCGGGAAAGCUGCUAAAGUUUUCCUCUGUUUACCGCUGGACGAGGGAACGGACCCCCAACAAUAUCAAGUGGACGGAGAAAAGUGGGCAUCAAGACGUACGAGGAUGAAGGUGGUGACGUGUGAGAUCGCCUGGCACAACAAGGAGCCGGUGUACAGUUUGGACUUCCAGCACCACGGAGAUGGACGGGUCCUCCGGCUCGCUACAGCCGGGGUCGACACCACAGUCAGGGUGUGGCGGGUAGACACGGGCCCAGACGGGAAGGCGGUGGUGGACUUCCUCUCCAACCUUGCCAGACACACCAAGGCCGUGAACGUGGUGCGCUUCAGCCCGGGCGGGGAGCUGCUGGCCUCCGGAGGCGACGACGCGGCCAUCCUGCUGUGGAAGCUCAACGACCAGAAGGAGCCCGAGUCGUCCCCGCUGUUCCAGGAGGAGGACGACUCUCUGCUCAACAAGGAGAGCUGGAGCGUGGUCAAAACCCUGAGGGGGCACAUCGAGGAUGUGUACGACAUCUCCUGGACGCGCGAGGGAACCUUCAUGGUGUCGGGGUCUGUGGACAACACGGCCAUCCUGUGGGACGUCGCCAAAGGUCAGAAGAUCAGCAUAUUUAACGACCACAAGAGCUACGUGCAGGGGGUGACCUGGGACCCCCUGGGGCAGUACGUAGCCACGCUCAGCUGCGACAGAGUGAUGCGGGUGUACAGCACUCAGACCAAGAAGAAGGCGUACUGCGUCAGCAAGAUGACCUCGGGGCCCCCCGGAGACGGAGAGACCAAGCCGUACCGGAUGUUCCAUGACGACAGCAUGAGGUCGUUCUUCAGGCGCCUCACCUUCACCCCAGACGGCUCCUUCCUGCUGGCCCCAGCGGGGUGCGUGGAGGCCGGGGAGAACAUCACCAACACCACCUACGUCUUCUCCAGGAAGAGCCUCAAGAGGCCCAUCGCCCACCUGCCCUGUCCGUCUAAAGCCACCCUGGCCGUGCGCUGCUGCCCCGUCUACUACCAGCUGAGGACCAAGCAGGACGACGACGGCUCCACGGAGGCCCUCCCCAACGUGUUCCAGCUGCCGUACCGCAUGGUGCUGGCCGUGGCGUCGGAGGACUCGGUCUACCUGUACGACACGCAGCAGACGCUGCCCUUCGCCCUGGUGUCCAACAUCCACUACCACACGCUGAGCGACCUGAGCUGGUCCGGAGACGGCCUCUUCCUGGCCGUGUCGUCCACGGACGGCUACUGCUCCCUGGUGUCCUUCUCCCCGGGGGAGCUGGGCCAGCCGCUGAAGGAGCCCCCCGUCCUGGAGCUCUCCACCCCCACGCCGGGCCCCGAGAAGAAGGUCAAGAGGUCCGCCGGAGCCAGGACCUCCUCCCCGCUCCCGCAGCCGGCCCCCGCCACCCCGGGCCCCGUGGCCCCGGCGGCCCCGCCCGUCAGGGAGGCCCCGUCGACCCCCCAGGCCCCCCAGGCCUCCCCCUCGCUGGACAAGAGGAGCCGGGGGACGCCGACCGCAGCCAGCAAGGCCCCGCCGCGGAGGAUCACCCUCAACACCCUGGAGGGCUGGGGGAAGCCGGCCGGGCCCCGGGCCCCGGCCGAGGGCCCCCAGACCCCCACGCCCUCCACGCCCCAGCCUCGCCUGGGGCCCCUGACCCCCACCGGUGCCAAGGGCCUCCAGGGCGCCAACUCUCCCGGGCCCACGACUCCCAAGGGGCCCACGACUCCCAAGGGGCCCUCGACUCCCAAGGGGCCCUCCACUCCCAAGGGGCCCUCCACUCCCAAGGGGCCCUCCACUCCCAAGGGGCCCUCCCCCAGGCGCGUGGCCCUGACCCCGGUGGCGCUGCGCUCUCCGGCGGCCCUCUUCACGCCGUCCUCCAGCGAGAAGGCGCGGCACGAGCGACCCUCCCCCCCCUCUGACCCGGUCUGCCUGCCCCCCGAGUCCAAGAGGCCCAAGACCACCGAGCCCCCCACCAAGAAGGACGCCGCCAAGCCAUAGCGGCUCCCAGUGGCCACUGGGAGGAGGGUUGAGUGGGUACUGGG